GAUUUUAAAAGAAAAUAAAAGUGAACACAAGAGGCGACCCAAGCCGAAAGAUGGUUCAAAGCUCACGUGCCGUGUAUGUGGAGAUGUUGCUUUAGGAUACAACUUUGAUGCUAUUACGUGUGAAUCGUGCAAAGCAUUUUUCAGGCGGAAUGCUCUGAAGAAGAAGGUUUUUAUUUGUACAUUUGAAAAUAAAUGCCACCUAGACCAGCACACCCGUAAAUUCUGCGCCAGUUGUCGGCUGAAGCGUUGUUUUGAAGUGGGAAUGAAGAAAAACUGGAUAUUAAACGAAGACCAAUUGAAGAAAAGAAGACAGAAGUUAAACGUGGCGAAAAGGAACAAAUCAAAAACACUCCACCCCUCUUUACCAUCACCUUCCAGUUCCUGUUCGAGUCAGUCGAACAUGUCGGUGACUUCAAACUGGUCAUAUAACGGUAGUUUUGAAUAUUUCAGAGAUAUGAGUCCUUUUACAUGUUACCGACCAAUAGUCGAAUCAGAAUUCAGACAGAUCAUUUUGCCUGUUGACAAAUAUUCCAUUCUAUCAGAUGUGUAUUGGAAUAUGUUGACCACUAACAAACAGGGCCGGCAUAUACUGUCAGCACUGAGGCUGCUUGUUGAACACCACGAGAGACUGUUCAAUAAUUAUUAUAGAUACGGCGAAGAUAUCAUUUCUAAUUUACCUAACGAACCCAUUGACUAUAUGAACAGAGCUAUUACAAUGCUGAUAUCAUUCAUGAGAAGUUUACCAGAAUUUCAAACAUUGUCGCAUGAAGAUUACAUGACAAUAUUUAUGGGAAAUAUUCGAGAAGUUUUCGUCAUUCGAGCAGCAAUGACAUUUUCAUUCAGAGGAGAAUACAUAGUAUUCCGGAAUCAGAAAGGCCAAGAGAAAUGUUUAGAUCCAACGGUUCUGAAGAGCUCCUUGGGAGAGAAACUAUAUAACCAAAUUGCAUAUUUUAUAAAAUCAUUUCAAGAGUGUACCAACGAAGAUAAGGUUAUAAUGAUUAUGCUUAUGCUUAUUGAAUUUCUCAAUCCUUACAAACCGAAUGUCGAGAACAAAUACUUUUUGCAAACAGCACAAGAGAAAUAUGACUUUUGGUUAAAAGUGUACAUCGAGGCUAAAUAUCCGGAAAACAUUGCUAGUCUUAUUUACAGACAAAUCAUCAUGAAGUUAUCUGAUGUACGAGAAAUUGGUCACAUCUGUAACGAAGCAAGUAAAAAGUUUUUGUGGGAGGAUUUUCUUCUCUUAAUUGUCGAUAUCUUAGACAUAAAUUGAACAGAUUUCAUAUAUGAACGAGUAAAAUACCCUUAAUUUAUUGUGAUCAACUGUUUUCAUAGUGUAUACUUAUAUUUUCAUUGUAUAUUUUUGGUUCGAUGUUCUAAGUAUAAAUAUUUCUCUUGUUUCAAAACUUUCAAUAAAUAACAAUAUUUACCAUCAUUUAUAUUUCAAGUACACAUAUAUACAUGCAUACAAACAGAGACAUACGCAUGCACAUGCAUAUACAAAUGCAAAAAUACGCGCAUAUAUCCACUCAAACACAUAUUGGAAGAAUUAUAUAUGUACAAACGUGCAUGUAUAUAGGGGUAGAAUUUUAGAACUAACACGCAUAACACACACGCACCGAACCUGAAAUAGAAGGUUGGACUUGCGACUCUAGUUUCAUGCAACAAUCUUCAGCUGCGUAAAACUCGAUUCACUUUCAAUAGUAAGUAUCCUCUACAUCAUAUAUUGAGCACUUCUCUCAGUCUUCCCACAUAAAGUAACACACACACGCACACACAGAUAUAUGUUUACAUAUGAAUGUAAAUAUACAUCUAUAUAUCUAUUUCUAUAUAUAUAUGUAUAUGUAUAUCUAUCUAUCUACAUAUAUAUAUAUAUCUACACACACACACACACACACACACACACACACACACACACACACACACACACAUAUAUAUAUAUAUAUAUAUAUAUAUACAUAUCUAUAUAUAUAUGUAUAUCUAUAUGUAUAUAUAUAUCUGUAUUUUUAUUUAUUUAUUUAUUUAUUUAUGUGUUUCAGCCAAGUGGCUGCGGUUAUGCUGGUGCACCACCGAGAUUUUCACGUUCCUUGCAUGGCUCUUCUCCCCCACCUGACAUGAUCCAAUCAAGAGUUUUGAUGGCACAUCUGAUGUAUAGGAAAAUUUGAUAUAGCUGCCCUAAACUGCGUCUCAUUACGAGCCAUUGGUUCGUCUGGUAUCGUGGAGAGGAAAGUGUCAAGUUUUGUCUUGAAGACCUCCGCAUCCAUGUCUUGCAUGUCUCUCAAAUG